GCUGGCACCGGCCGCGGACCUCCUCUCCGCCAGGCCUCUCCCAGCUGUGGAUGAACUCGAGAUUCUUCUCAAGGUGCGGGAUCACCCUCGCGGUGUUGCUGGGAAGCCAACGCCACCUCUCCUACAACCUCCGCCCCGCAAACCUGUUAAUGGUGUGCAGCUUCGUCAGCCCCUUCGCCAGAACAUCGACAACCCCCUCGGUCGGCGGCGUGUUCACCGCCGCCGUGGCCCGAGUGGCCUUCGCGCUUCCAACCGCCUGCGCCUCUUCGUCUUACAAGCCGCAGCAGCAGCACCACUGCCCCUCCUCCCGCCAACAGCACCACCAACCACGCCGACAACAACGGAAACGGCUUCCCACGGCAAACAUGUCGAGCUCGGGGGCGUCCGCCGCCGCCGCCGCAGCAGCCGCUGCCGCUCCUGGUGCGGCGGCGGGGGCGGCGACGCUUGCCGAGGGCGGUAGCUCAACUCCGCCCACCGACCCUCCUUCCUCUGCUGCCGCGCGAAGCCCGGAAGCGGUGGGCAGAGGAAAAGCUAGGUCGGGGCUGGAGGUCGACGGGGCGCACAUGCGGAGGGCGCUGGACCUGGCGGCGAAGGGUCUGGGCCACACGCGGCCGAACCCCGCAGUUGGGUGCGUUAUCCUAGACAAGGAGGGAAGGGUGGUCGGAGAAGGGUUUCACCCCAGGGCCGGAGAGCCCCACGCGGAGGUGUGGGCUAUCCGUCAGGCCGGCGAGCGAGCACGGGGAGGUACGGCGUACGUGUCGCUGGAACCGUGCAACCAUUUCGGCCGCACGCCUCCCUGCACGACAGCACUCCUCGAGUGUGGCGUAGCAAGAGUUGUGGCGGGUAUGGUGGACCCAGACCCCCGCACAGCCGGGAGCGGGCUGCGACGCUUGGCGGAUGCGGGCAUCGACGUUUCCGUCGGGGUGGAGGGAGCCGCUUGCCAUGCCCUGAACUCGGCCUUCGUGCACCGCGUAUCGCACCAGUCUUGCUACGGCGUACUGCAUUGCUGCUUGGACGGGGCGUACUCAAGGUCGAUCCCACAGUCGGGCUCUCGGGCAGGCGUGGGAGGCCUCCAGGACAGGGCAAGAGAGAAUGAUCUCGCGGUGCCCCCGGGUGGCAGGAACUUCGAGGAGUACGACGCCAUCGUGGUGGAGGGUCGGUCUGGAGUUGCCAAACUAGAGGCCUGCAAUACAGCGCUGCCUCCAACGGCUUUGCGGGUGGUGAUCGUUGGUGCUCGUUCGGACGAAGGUUUGGAGACAGAGCUGGCAGGGGUGCUGGAGAGCCGGCUGCUGGAAGAGUCGCCGGAGCGCACGGUCGUCUUCAUGCCGGCCACCGCAGGCCAGGACGGGGACGGCUCUCUGACUGGCUCGGUGAGAGCGUCUUUGAUGUCGCGAGGGGUCGCCGUGGUAGACUUUCGAACACCCGACACUCCGACACCUCCAGCCUCGUCUCUGCAAGAGGAGAGGCCAGAGACGGCGACCGCGGCGGCAACGAUGGCGGCGGCGGCGGGGGCCGUGUCUCGGGAGCUAUUCAGAAGAGGCAUGCUGUCGGCCGCGUGGGAGGUCGGCCCGGCGAUGGCGGCAGUCGUUUUGCGGGCAGGGCACGUUCAGAGGGCGUUGAUCCGCAGAAGGCGAAUACCUGGGGGUGGCGGGGCGGAUGCAGGGGGUGCUUCUACUAAUGCUCCUGCGGCGGCGGCGAGAGUCGGUGCUCAUGUUGGCCAGAACGAGUCGGUGUCUGGCAGUGACAAGGGGGUGGCUGGGGGUAGUGUUACGGAGGAGGAGGAGGAGGAAGUGUUGAGAGUCAUGAGACGACUUUCUGGUAGAGAGGGGGUGCGAGUUAGGCGGGGAGGGGGAAUGUUUCCGUGGGGGCCCGACGCUGAGUCCUUCAUCGAAGUGCUGCUCCCUACCACCCCGUUGGAACCCCCAGCAUCCGCGUAGCGUUAGCAAGUUGGAAAGUUCUUUUGCAAGAUUUUCCUCAGGACAGGCAGGUACCUGCGGUUCAUACAUUAUAGGACGGGGGAACGGAGUUACUUUAUGACUCAACACGACGAAAAUUAUUUCUCCGAUUGACGCGCGCCCGCGCGUUGUGGUCUUUCGAGGAGAGUAGUUCUACAAGGCGGUGAGAUGAAUGUUCUAUCCAAACAAAAGCGGACCGC